UACGGCGGUAGUGACGUCAUCUGACCCGGUGUGAAAGGUCAGCGGAAGCGUGCUGUCUUCCUUUUGGCUCUAGGAGCGAGCUGCUUCGUGUCGAAAUGGGCAAGUUCAUGAAACCCGGGAAGGUGGUGCUGGUCCUGGCCGGACGGUACUCUGGGCGCAAGGCCGUCAUCGUCAAGAACAUUGAUGAUGGGACCUCCGACAGGCCUUAUAGCCAUGCCUUGGUGGCAGGUAUCGAUCGCUACCCUCGAAAAGUGACUGCAGCAAUGGGCAAAAAGAAGAUUGCCAAGAGAUCGAAAAUCAAGUCCUUCGUGAAAGUUUAUAACUACAACCACCUCAUGCCCACCAGAUACUCUGUGGAUAUCCCACUGGACAAAACAGUUGUCAACAAGGAUGUGUUCCGUGACCCUGCACUUAAACGUAAGGCAAGGAGGGAGGCCAAGGUCAAGUUUGAGGAAAGGUACAAGACAGGCAAAAACAAGUGGUUCUUCCAGAAGCUACGGUUUUAGAGCUGCUGUGUUGGUCUUUGAUAUGCCUUUCCCAGCCCCACCUCAAUUUGGAAGUGAUCUCUCCCAUCAAAAUACUACCUUUCACCUAAAACAAUUCCAAAAGACUCAUGAUGGGAAAUGCCAUCCACAUCCAGAAAGGGAAAUGUGGAGUCUGAAUGCGGAUCGAAGCAGACUAUUUUCUUUUUUUUGUUUUGUUUUUCUUUCUCAUGGUUACUGCCAUUCGUUCUAAUUCUUCUAUACAAUAUGACUAAUGUGAAAAUAUGUUUAAUAGAAUAUAUCUGUAGAGCCUAAAUUGGAUUGCAUGCUGUCUUGAGGAGGGGGAGAAAAUUUAAAACUUAUGGAAGUGAAUGUAGAAAACUAAAAAUAAAUAAAUUAACUU